AUGAAUCACCCCACCGGCACCUCCUCCAACCUCUCUACCAACUCCCGCGCCCAGUCUUCCAUACCCCCCAAACCCAAUAAUAGCAGCUCCAAACCUUCCCGCACCUCGGGUUCUACUUCCCAAACCUCCAGCUUCACGCGUCUCAAACAAGAUCAACAAGCACGAAACAAGGAGCCCGACGAUGUUAAUUAUGAAGGUGAAUCUUCUGAUGAGGAGUUGACUGGACGGAGUUAUGAUUUAUUUGGGAAUGAAUCGUACACCACCGUGAUAACACGGAGAGAAGCCGUAGCCGUACUCGAUAACCCCGAGUUGUUGAUGAUGCACGCACAGGCCAGAAACGCCUCCAUCCCCGCAACCCGCCUCCACUUCCUCGCACGCCUCUCAGGGCGCGUCCCGACCUCCACCCAAGAAGCCGAAGCUUCUGAACGCCGCCUAGCUCAGCUCAAAAAGAUCGCACAAAAACGUGAGUUAGCUGAUGCAGGGAUGGUGGAAACGGGCUCGAGUUCAAGGGAUGGUGGGGCUUCUAGCUAA